AUGUCUGACCAGUGCGGUCACCUACGAAAGGGGCUGACGCUGCUGCUGCCUCUGGCCACCUCCAAGGCCUCCCCUCUGGCUGGUACCACCCCGGCCGCCACCACUGCCGCCGCCUCCACCCCCGGUGCCGCCACCACCGCCGCCUCCACCACUCCCACUGCCGCCGCCACCUGCCCCUCCACCCCCACCACCACUACCUCCUCCACUGCCGCCCCCUCCACCUCCUCCACCGCCCCCAUCACCGCCUCCACCUUUGCCACCCCUACCGCUCCUGCCUCCCCUGCCCCUGCCGCUGCGGCGCCUCCCACUAGGGGCAGACGCAGCUCCUACCUCCUCAGCACGAAGGUAGUCAACAUCUGCAGCAGAGGCGACUGA